AUACUACUUGGAAGUUUGGGUGAAAAAAAAAAUGAGACAACUUCUAUUAUAGGAAAUUAGGAAUAAGUUUUGUUGAGAGAGAGUGAAGAUGAGCGGAAGUAGAAGCAGCGUAAAUGCGGUGUUUUACGCAGAAGCAUACCAUCCAAUUCAAGCUGGUAGCAUCGAUGGCACUGACAUUCUUCCGCACGACAACGCCAUUUAUAGAGCUCUUCUCUGCUCUUCUGCUGGCCUCUAUGACCCAUUUGGUGAUCCCAAAGUUACAGGAGACCCUUAUUCUACUUUGUUUGUGGGUCACCUUUCUCGCUCCACAACUGAAGAUACCCUUCUCAAGGCUAUGAGCAGGUACGGCAGGGUCAAGAAUCUUCGGAUAGUGAGAGACAUAGUUACCGGUGCAUCACGUGGUUAUGCAUUUGUUGAAUAUGAAUCAGAGAAAGAAAUGAGGCGUGCAUAUGAGGACGCACACCAUUCGUUUAUUGAUGAUUCUGAAAUCAUUGUUGAUUACAACAGACAACAACUAAUGCCUGGAUGGAUCCCAAGAAGGUUAGGAGGAGGCCUUGGUGGUAAGAAGGAAUCUGGACAACUUCGUUUUGGAGGACGAGAAAGACCAUUUCGUGCCCCACUGCGACCUAUCCCCCAUGAUGAUCUGAAGAGGCUUGGCAUACCACCUCCACCUGAAGGGAGAUAUUUGACACGCUUCCAGGUUCCUUCACCACCUCGGAGGAAAAGGAAAUCUGAAGAGAGAGAAAUAUCGCCUCUAUCUUGGAGGAAAAGGAACUAUGAAGAGAAGGAACCAUCACCAUCUAGAAGGAAACUGGAUUCUGAAGAUCGGGGAACUUCCUCAUCUAGGAGGGAAAGGAGCUCCAAAGAUUGGGGAACAUCAUCCUCUAGGACAAGGAGGGAAAGGAACUCAAGCGAUAGGGAAAUUUCUUCACCAAGGAGGAAGAGGAGCUCUCAAGACAGAGAAAGCAGAAGGGAUAAGCACUCGCAUAGGCACCAUAAGCACCAAAGAGACUCGCACCAUCAUCAAAAGAGAUCGAGGAGUAAAGACAACUCUUCUGACUGAUAAGCUUUUCUUUGUGAAUUCCUUAUGAAAUUUCUAGGGCUUAUUUUUGUGUGUAAUUAUAUGCAUGUUAGGGGGAAACUCCUAUGAAGAUGGGGUGUUGUUUGUUCAGUUGAGAUGUUGGGGAAGUAGACAAGUAGCUGAGGUUCCUAUUUGUUGUCUAAUAUACUGAGGAAUACAUUAAAAGCCACCAAUUGAAUCAGAUUUCACUGAGAUUAAGUUAUAAAACUCAUCUUCAGCUUUUCUCUGCUAA